UUGUGUCUUGCGCUUUCGUGAUCUUUCAUCCUCUUCCGUAGUCAGUUUGGCUCCGGCUGUUUCCGCCUGAGGGUGUCUGUUACGUUUCCCGUUCUCAUUAUCAAGGCAAUGAAGUGCGCACGGGUGCUCCUCGUCGCGCUAGCACUCGCGGGAGCCUCUGGCCAGUCGCCCAUAGGCAAGGUCAUCGAGCUUCUGUCGAGCCUAGAGGCGCAGAUCCAGAGGGAGGCUGAGGAGUCCGCCAAGCUCAACAGCGAGAAGGAGGGUUGGUGCAAGGACACUUCUGUCAACCUCGGUUUCGAGAUCAAGACGGGGGCAAGCGAGGUUGAAGAGUUGAAGGCAGCGAUCGGCAAGGAAGCCGCCAGCAUCAGCUCCCUGACCAGCAAAGUGGAAGUCUUGGCGGCGACGAUCGCUAAGAGCGACGCGGACCUUGCGGCGGCCACCAAGAUCCGGGGAGAAGAGACUACGGACUUCGCUGCCGAGGAGAAGGAGCUCACUGAUACCGUCAGCGCAUUGCAGAGGGCAAUCGGCAUCUUGCAGAGGGAGAUGUCCAAGGCCGGUGGAGCUGCCUUUGUCCAGGUCAAGAGCGCCGCGUCUGUGAUCCAGGCGUUGCAGGCAUUGGUGAAGGCCUCCGCGUUCAGCGCCGCUGACGCCAACACCCUCACAUCUUUCGUGCAAAACACCCAGGGGGGCGAGGAUAGCGACGAGGAGCCUGGCGCCCCAGAGGCCGCCACUUACACGAGCAAGAGCGGCAGCAUCGUGGACGUGCUGGAGGACCUUUUGGACAAGGCGACCGCGCAGCUGGACGCCGCGCGCAAGAAAGAGACCUCGGCCAGGCAAAAUUUUGAGAUGCUCGCUCAAUCGCUCAAGGACGAAAUCGAGUUCUCCACCAAGGACAUGGGCGAGGCCAAGAAGUCCGCCGCCGCUAGCGGCGAGGCUAAGUCCGAGGCCGAGGGGGCGCUGGCUGCCGGAUCCAAGGACCUGGCGGGCGACAAGGCCGCCCUCGAGGAGCUGAAGAAGGAUUGCGCAGCCCACGCCGACGACUACGCCGCGGAGGCUUCGAGCCGCGCCCAGGAGCUGAAGGCGGUGCAGGCGGCGAAGAAGGUGCUGUCCGAGACCACCACGCAACUCGCUCAGCGCAUGUCGUCGGCGAUGCGCUUCAGCUCCGCGAGCGGGGAGGACCCGUUCGCAAAGGUCAAAUCUCUCAUCGGAGACAUGAUCCAAAAGCUCGAGGCCGAAUCUGGGGCGGACACCAAGCACAAGCAGUAUUGCGAUACAGAGAUGGCCGAUACGACGGACAAGCAGGACGAGAAGACCACUUUGGUUGAGAAAUUGACCACGAAGAUCAACCAGAUGACUGCCAGGUCCGCUGCUCUGAAGGAAAGCAUCGCCACUCUGCAGAAGGAGCUCUCCGAGCUGGCGGCCUCGCAGGCGCAGAUGGAUAAGAUGAGGGCUGCCGAGAACGAGCUCUUCCUCGAGCAGAAGACAGAGCUGACGACGGGGAUCUCGGGCGUGCGGACGGCGAUGAAGACGCUGCGCGAGUACUACGGCGGUGGAGCCAAGGACCACGCGGCGGCCUCGGAUGCUGGUUCGAGCAUCCUGGGGCUUUUGGAAGUCUGUCUGUCGGAUUUCACCAAGAGCCUUGCGGAAGCUACCGCCACAGAGGAUAGUGCCGCGUCCGAGUAUUCGUCGACCACCAUGCAGAACAAGAUCGAGAAGACAGCCAAGGACCAGGAUGUCAAGUACCAGGGGAAGGAGGCCGCCGAUCUCGACAAGGCGGUGGUCGAGGCCACAUCCGAUCGGGCGUCGACGCAGGAGGAGUUGGAUGCAGUGCUGGAGUACCUCGCGAAGCUCAAGGACAUGUGCGUCGCGAAGCCGGAAACGUACGCCGAGCGUGCGGACCGCCGCGCUGCCGAAAUCUCUGGGCUCAAACAAGCGUUGUCUAUCCUCGAUGGCCAGGCCCUGCUGAUUCAGCGCAAGACGCUGAGGGGGCGCGUCUGAUCGGAGCAGCCCGGUAGAGCGGCCGCGCCGCUGUAUGGCCUCCUCAUCUCUCGGCCAAGGGUGCUCGAACCGUCCCUCCCUCACCCCCUCCCUCGCCCCACCUCCGCGUCAGGUGCUCGAUCCUGACCACUUGUGAAGCCAGACCGCCCAACUCUCGUGCAGGAGAUUGCCGAAGACUAGCGGUUCACAGGGGUGUUCGUGGUCGGACCCGUUAGGUUCCCACUGAGUUUCGGGUGGGCAGGUUGCCCUCUUGCUUCCUCCCUUCCUCCCUCCUACUCCUGCUUCUCCUGGU